UGGCGUCCUCGGACGUCGCAAAAUGCUGUGACAACCCGGAUUUCGCCGUUAUAUGCUCGUUUUUGGAAAAAUUUGGCGGAAAAUGUGGUAUAGUGUAUCCUCCAUUCUCCCGGUUGCAGCAGAUGCUAGAAUCUACGGACGAAGUCCACGAUGCACUGAAGCACUUCCAUAUCCGACUGAUGCGGAAGGCCCGGCGCCAGGUGAAGCCGGACCUCUGGGAGAAAGCACUCAUCAGCUUCUGCAGGCCUGUGUCCAAGCAGGACGCCUGGGAGCUGGAGCGGUUUGGCUACAAGCAGGCAGAUUUGGCAGUCAAACUGCGUGUGCUGAAGAACCUGUGUGAGGUGCAGUUCGACCGCAACAAGCGGUUCAAGGACGAGGUUAACAAGGAGGCGGCGUGCGAGCUGCGCCUGCAGCCGCUGGGGCGUGACCGGCAUGGCAACAACUACUGGUACCAGCUGGACGAGGACUGCCAGCUGCGCAUCUACAAGGAGGACAUCGACGACGAGACGUGGCAGGUGGUGGCCGAGGACCGCGAGAGCAUGAAGGCGCUGAUACAGAGCCUGCAGUCGGACUCGCCGCUGGGCAAGUCGGAGGAUACUUCGCAGGCCAACAGCGAGGAGGAGCUGCUGCAGGGUCCGCCGGCGUUCAAACGGGAGCCGCCGGACCGGCCGGCCGACCUGGUCCGGCCCACUGCUGGCACAGAUGACCAGGCCCGGCCGGCCGGCGCUGACGCGUCCCCUGCGGCCGGCGGCGACGGCGGGCCGGUGACGGCAGGUACCGAACAGGCGGCGCUCAGUCACAGGGAAGAGACAGCGGCCGAUGGUGAGGCUGAGCAAGCAGCCAGUAGUGAGGCCAGCAAACGGACGAAGGCUGAGACGGUGGACGAUGUUAAAGAGGAGCCUCGGGUUGGAAGUGUGGAAGAGGCGGUGUGUGCAACCGAGGGAAGCCCGCCAGCUGGAGGCAAGAUCCGCCGAUCAUCCAGUGACGGAAAGCUAGGGGCUGGGGCUGAGGCAGAGACGACGGCGGCUGAGGAGGGGCUGGUUACCAGUGGUAAGUCUGAGUCGGUGACCGAUGGCAAGGUCGAGCCAGAGGCCGCAGGCGAGUCUGAACCAGAAGCUGAUGAAGACCCAAAGGCCCGCGGAAGACGGAUAGCGGCCGACGAUGAGAGGAGGCCAGUGGUCGGUGACGAGAAGCCAUCGGCCGCUGGUGAUACAAAACAGGAGGUUGCUGGCGAGGCGGAGAGAUCGUCUUCGCCGACUGCCGCUGCCGAUGUAAAGUCGGUGGAUGCGACAAGCCACUGCCAGCCCCCUGAGUCCGGGGAGCUGGUACAUGGCGGGGGCGACAUGGGAACUGAAAGCGUGUCGGUGUCAUCAAAAGGCGUGGUGCCGCUGGACGCGCGCGCCGCGCCAACUGCGAGCGACCGUAUGUCGGGCGGGGCGCGGGGUUCGCCGGAAAAGCCGGCGGCCGCGUCCGGGGAGCCCAGCAGUGAGCAGGUCCCGGCCACAGACGCGCCUGCCGCUGGUGUGAGUGUUGCGACAGCUGCCGAGUGCGGCGUGAAGGCUUCGGUCAGUGUGCUGCCGCCGUCCGUCUCGGCCACGGAGGAAGGUGAGCACCACUCAGAACUGGUGCAUAGUCCUGCGACGGGCGCUGGGGACCGGCCGGCGACCCCGUCUUCACAUCUACCCAGGAGCACGGGCGAGCCGCCAACUGAGCCUGUCGCCGCCGGCCGGCCGGGCCGGGCCGGGCUGGGCGAGCAGGCCGGCUGUGACGCAGCAGAGCUGGCGGUGACAGCCGCUGACGGCCACGUCAAGACCGAACAGACGAUGUCAGCGCCGCCGGUGGUGGCCGAGCCCGAGUCGUCCCACUCUGAGGAGACGGGAGUGCUCCCUGAACCCAUCACAGAAACUGUGGUGAAACCCGAGCCAGCUGUGAAGGCCGUACCUGAGGCUGUUCCAGUUGUGGAUUCCAUGGUGAAAGCCGAGCCAGCUGUGGAGGUCGCGGUGGGCCCUGAGGCUGCAUUGAAGGUCGUGACGGACCCUGAGCCAGCUGUGGAGGCCGUUAUUAACCUUGGGUCAGCUGUGGAGGCUGUGGCGGACACUGAGCCCGCUACGGAGGCCCUGGCGGACACUGAGCCUGCUGUGGAGGCCGUGGCGGACACGGAGCCGGCUGUGGAGGCUGUGGCGGACACUGAGCCUGCUGUGGAGGCCGCGGCGGACACUGGGCCAGCUGUGGAGGCUGCGUCGGACACUGAGUCAGCUGCGGAGACCGUGGCGGACACUGAGCCUGCUGUGGAGGCCGUGGCGGACACUGAGCCUGGUGUGGAGGCCACGGCGGACACUGAGCCUGCUGUGGAGCCCGUGGCGAGCACUGGGCCUACUGUGGAGGCCCUUGCGAGCGCUGAGCCUGCUGUGGAGGCCGUGGCGGACCCUGAGCCUGCUGUGAAGGCCGUUGUUAACCCUGAGCGAGAUAUGGAGCCGGUGGCAGACACUGAGCUAGCUGUGGAGGCCGCGGCGGACAUUGAGCCUGCUGUGGAGGCUGUGGCAGACACUGAGCUUGCUGUGGAGGCCGGGGCAGACACUGGGUCUACUGUGGAGGCCGUGACGAGCACUGGGCCUGUCGUGGAGGCCGUGGCAAGCAGUGAGGCUGCUGUGGAGGCCUUGGCGAGCUCUGAGCCUGCUGUGGAGGCCGUGGCCAACAUUGAGCCAGCUGUGGAGGCCUUGGCGCACACUGAGCUUGCUGUGGAAACCGUGACAGACAAUGAGCCUCCUGUGGAGGCCGUGGCGGACACCGAGGUAGCCUUGGAGGUCUUGGCGAACAAUGAGCCUCCUGUGGAGGCCAUGGCGGACACUAAGCCUACUGUGGAGGCCGUGGCGAGCACUGAGCCAGCUGUGGAGGCCAUGGUGGACACUGAGGAGGCCUUGGUGGACACUGAGAAGGUUGUGGCGGACGCUGAGCCAGCUGUGGAGGCCGUGGUGGACACUAAGCCAGCUGUGGAGGCCGUGGUGGGCACCGAGCCAGCCGUGGAGGCUGUGGUGGACACUGAGCCAGCUGUGGAGGCUGUGGCGAACCCUAGUGAGAUCCACUCGCAGGUUGCUUUGGCACCAACGGAAGACGUCGCCAGUGCAGAGCCUGGACUGCUGGAGGAGAGGCCAGGCAGCUCUCAGCCCAUCACAUCAGCUGUUCGCACGGGUGGCGCCGACUCCACCCAAUCGGAGGAGCCUUCAGCGGCAGAUGCACGCGUGGGCCGUGGUACCGACCGGACCGGAGCGAACUCUGACACCGCUUGCUCUCCGUCAGAGAUGGAGGGGGCGCCCGACUCUUCGGAGCCGCCGCCGCCGCCGUCGUCUAAUGGACGUUCGGUCAGCUCUGCCGAUGCUCCGCCGGCGACUUCGGAGCGCCCCGACUUUGUGGCGGAGCAUUCCGGAGAACGCUCUGAGUGCGUCACCACGUCGGAGGCGCCGGAACGUGGCCGCGACAUCAGCAGGUGCGAAGCCAGCGGUGUCUCGAGCCCGCCUCCUGAAGACGCCGAGGCGAGAGCGAGCUCCGGGAAGCGGGCGGAACCGUGCGCGCUGGAGUCGCGGCAUCAGCCCGUUCCCGGGGAGGCGUCACCUCCAAGCCAACAGCGGGGCGGUGGAGGGGUCGGUACGGCCGCAGUAGGAAGCACGAGCUGUUGUGACGGGGACGCGGCGGAAUCUGUGGCAAACGCGCCAGACGGCUCCAGUGAGGCGGUGAGCUCGGCAGGUGGCCCCGGACCGGGCCGCUGUUCGGAGGAGGCGCGCGGCCAGUCGAGCCCGCAGCCUGGAGUGGCGGACACGAGUACGGUCGACGCGCGACCAGAGGGUGCUGACGUGGCUGCCGCCGCGGCCACGGUCGACGUGCGGGCGUCGAAAGCCGCCGUUGACGUCGCGGGCAGCCCCCAGUCUUCGGCCGUUGGUGAGCGACAGCCGGACGGGACCGGGGGCGGGCGACGGCUGGCAGCGGACGUCGAUGACGGCGUCUCGAGCAGCGCCGCCGGUCCGCCAGCAGCUCCGCGGCCGGUUGCCGCCGCUGAUGGCACUGCGCCCGUAUUGGAGGGCGAGUCUGGCGCAGGCGCGACUAGCGGCGGCUCGGCGGAAGUGGUUGCGUCAGGUGCGGACUGCGGCGGCGCUGUGGAGGAGCCGGCCCUGGUGGUGUCGGGUUCCGGGUCCGGGGCGGACUGUGAGGGCGGUGUGCCGCCGGGCUGGGUCAGCGAGGCCGUGGAGGAGCCGGCCCUGUUGUUGUCAGGCUCCGGCUCCGGGGCGGACUGUGAGGGCGGUGUGCCGCCGGGCUGGGUCAGCGAAGCCGUGGAGGAGCCGGCCCUGUUGGUGUCAGGCUCCGGCUCCGGGGCGGACUGCGAGGGCGGUGUGCCGCCGGGCUGGGUCAGCGAGGCCGUGGAGGAGCCGGCCCUGGUGGUGGCUGGCAGCGGCUGGGGUGCGCUCUGUGGUGUCGGCAACGGUGUUCAGCGUCGCCGGGCCAGCCGCAGUGCCGCGGGCAACAAUGGCCAUGCCGAGCCGCCGUCGGCUGACCGACGCGACAACGGCGAGGCGGACCAGCCCCAGGCCGAGCCAGAGGCCGAGCCUGAGGCCGACCCAGAGGCCGACCCAGACCCGGAGCCGCCGGCCGGCAAGAAGCGCGGUCGCAAGAGGAAGAGCGAACUCGAGAGUCUGGUCUCAGCUGACGCCGACGCCGACGAGGGUGGUGCCGGCCGGCGCCGCUCGUCCCGCGUAGCCAAGCUACGCGAGAAGGAGGAGGAGCAGCGCCGUGUGGACGAGGAGCAGCGGCUGCGCGUGCUCAAGGAGCAGGCCGUGCUGCGCAAGCUGCGCCAGCACGAGCGUGAGACCCGCCGCGCUCAGCGCAAGGACAAGAAGAAAAAACGACGGCAAAAGAAGGUCGAGCGUGGCCAGGAGCAGGAGCAGCCGACGGAGAAGGCAGGCAAGAAGAAGCGCAAGAAAAAGAAGAAAAAGAGGACGGGAAACGAUCCAUGGCUGUCCUCAUCAGACACCAGCUCCAGCUCCGACGAGGACGAGGAGAUGGAGCUGUUCGCGCACCACGAGGCCGGCGACGAGGACCCGUUCCGCUCCGACCAUGAGUUCUCGCCAGAGUCCGAAAACGACCAGGAAUGGGUGCCCGUUCAGCACGCGCGCACCGCCCGCUCGGCGCGUAAACAGGCGCGCACCGCCGAGGCUGAGGACGCUGCCGCCGAGGUGUCGGACGAGGACGAGGACGAGCCUGAGGACGAGCCGGACCAGGAGGAUCAGUGUCGCAAGUGCGGCCACGGCGACCACCCUGAGUACAUUCUGCUCUGCGACGGCUGCAACGGCGGCUGGCACACCAACUGCGUGCGCCCGCCGCUGCUCAGCAUACCGGAGGGCAGCUGGUACUGUCCUCCCUGCGAGCACGGUCGGCUGGUCAGCGCUCUGGUGCAGCGGUUGGAGGAGUUUGACGUGGCCUUGAAGCAGCGCGACAACGACCUGCUGCGCAAGCAGCGGCUCGAUUACGUCAACAUCAGUAUGGGGAACGUGCUGCCCAGCCGGCCCCGGCCACCCAAACGCUCCAAAGCUGAGGACGAGGGCUCGGACGCGUCUGUGGGCGGCGACGGCAGCAGCUCCGACGACGAGUCGACCGACGAGGAGUCGGACGAGUCUGACGAGGCCAGCGAAGACUCGGACGAUUCGGACGAGCCCAUCUACACGUUGCGGGCGCGCCGGCCCGCCGCGGAGAUCAGUCAGAAGGUCAAACAGUUCGACGAGAUGAUCGACGAUGCCAUACGGGACGAGCUGGAAUACGUGCGUGGCGCGGGUAACGCCGGCCGCGGCAAGUCCAUGGAGAACAUCGCGGAGGCCGAGGCCGUCCCUGAGGCCGAAGUGGCGGCCACCGAACCUGCCGCCGCCACUGACGCUCCCGACAACGGAGCCGACGACACGGCCGCCUCUGCUGCCCCCGCGGCCGCCGCCGCCUCCGACGCCGCUGCCCCUGCCUCCUCUGCCGCCGCCGCCUCCGCCACCGCCGCCGCCGACGCUCACUCCGAUGAGUCGGACGAUGAAGUGGUGGCGCCGCCGCCGCCCAAGAAACGCAAGCGGCGCAUUAACGACCUGGACGACGACGGCGAUGACGACGACGAGGCUGAUGCCAGCUUCAAGGCGACGAGCGAGGACGAGCUGGAGGACGACGACGAGUUCAACCCGGACGAGCUGUCGGCCGAGAGUGAGCUGGAGACGCGGCGCGGCCGGCGGCGGCCGGCGCGGCAGCCCACGCGCCGCUCUGCCCGUCCCAGGGGCCGCCAGCGGUACGUCUCGGACGAGAGCAGCGACGAAGAGUGGGGCGCGCCACGCGGCAGGAAGCGGCCGCGGCCCAUGCGCGACUUUGUCGUCUCCGGCGAGGACUCGGACGAGUCGGACGGCACCUGGGGACGCAAGAAGAAGAGGAAGAAGCCGGCGGCCCGCUCUGGCGGCAAGCGGCCGGCGACCAAGGCGCGCAAGAAAUCGGCGGCCAAGAAGCGGCGUGCCGCGUCUGGCGACCGGGCGGCCGAGAAGCCGCGCCGCCGCGUUCAGUACGCCGACGCCGAGCCCGAGGCGGAGGUGGAGCCGCUGGCGCGGCGCACGCGCGGCAAGAAGACAAACUACGCAGCCAUCCUGGAGUCUGAGUCGGAUAGUGACACGCUGCGGCCCAUCGAACCCAUGAGUCUGGGUCGACGCUUCAAGCGGAGCUCUUCGGAGAGCGACGAGUUCAAGCCGCCGGCCGACGAGAAGAGCGAGUCGGACGAGCAGCCUGAGAAAGAAGAAGCAGAGGAGGCGGAAGCGGAAGAAGAGGAAGUAGCUGACGACAGUGGGGAGGAUAUGAACACCAUCCCCCAGAGGAGGACCAAAAGCAAGCCGGCCGUUGAGGAGUUGGACACGCGGGUGGUCUCAGCGUCCCCCUCGCCCCGGCCGCCAUCGGCCGCCGCCGCCACCGAGCCGGUGGCCGCGCCGACUGAGCAUGCGGAGAGCAGCCGGGAGUUCGGCGGUCUGGUCUCGUACUUCACCAGCCAGGCGCAGAACGACUGA